CAUUAGACGGUAAUGGUUCGUUGUUAGUGAUUGAUUCGGUAACUAAUAGGUGGGUGUUUCAAGGUGGAUUAAUUGUUGGGUAUAAAGUGAACGUUAUAGCAUUUGGACUGACUGUAUCUAGUGAGAAAAAAUAAAAUGUCCUCAAGUGAAUAAGUGAAAUUGAUUGUAGUGUUUCGGACCAACCACGAGCAACAAUAAUUAAAAACACAAAUAAAUCAAGGAUUUAGUGACCGCAGAACAAUUCGGAUACCACCAUUAGCAAUGAUGUCCAGCGCACUUCAAAGUGAUCAUAUCCUGCGGCCUCCGCAGGAAAGUGCAAUUUCUAAACCGCGGGCGGUGUAUAGCAUCGAUCAAAUUUUGGGGAAUCAUAACCAUCAUCAUCUAAGGACUACCCACAACAACAACAACAACAUCAUCGGUAUCAAUAAAAACGAUCACGACAAUUCCCUGAAGCGCGAGAGCUCACCGGUGGAACCGCAUGAAAAUGGCGUCGACGUGGACAACGACGAUGAACUGCCCAUUAUGGGCGAACUGGACGGGAUGGAUGGUGACCCGAACGACAUGGGUCGGCCGAGAAAGAUUCGACGAUCUCGUACCACGUUUACAACCUUCCAGCUGCAUCAGCUGGAGCGGGCCUUCGAGAAGACGCAAUAUCCGGAUGUGUUCACCCGGGAGGAGCUGGCCAUGCGACUGGAUCUAAGCGAAGCGAGAGUUCAGGUAUGGUUCCAAAACCGUCGUGCAAAGUGGCGCAAACGAGAAAAAGCCAUGGGUAGAGACACAUCUGCUUUCCUCCACCACGACCAAGGAAUGCCAGAAUUUCCGCUGGGACUCCCGCUGCCGCAUCAGUUGACCCAUCCGAGCCUGCCGCCGACCGAGUUCUGGUCGGCUAAUUUUGGCCUGCAUCCAACGCUGAUUCCGGGUUCGGGUCAUCCCUUAAUUCACCCGAACAUGAUGCCGAAUUAUAAAAUCCCGCACUUCCACUCGCUGCUGUCGCAGUAUAUGGGACUGAAUACGCUGUUCGGGGCGGCCGCAUAUCCACAGAACCUGAGCAUAAAUACCCGGUUAAGUCCCCCCAAUAGUCCGAAGGAGAGCCCGAAUGGGGGUGCCGUCGGAAUCAGUAACACCAGCAGCAGUAGCAGUAGCAGCAGCUCCAGCAGUACUAGCAGCAAUGUCAGCGUUGGCAGCAACAGUAUCAACACGAGCAAGGAAAGUGUGGCGGAGAAGUAAGCCGCUUCGGUAGAUUAGCGAAUGAGGCUGUCGAGAUGCAAUAUUUAGGUUGUUAAUUUAUUGAGACAGAAGAGUGUGAAUUGUGACAGUUUAUUGGCGCAUCGUAGUAGUCUUCUUUGGAGGGUCAUGAUUGGGGAUUCGAGUGGAUGAAUUUGCAUGGUGCAGGUUGCAAACCAGUGACUCCAGCUAGGGUUAAUGAUGUGGCUCUUCUCUCACACCUUGUUGAGGAGAUUAGAGUCCAUCGCAAUAGUUUCCAGAUGAGGAGCCACAUUUUCUGCACUAGUUGUACCUGGAGUUCCCGGAUUUAUCUAGUCGACAUUAGUAGGUCAGAGCUGCUAGAUUCUCUGCUCGAAUUUUGAUGUGCUGGAAAUUAUGUAAAUUAAUUUGUAUCAAAUUCUCUCUUUAAUUUCAAUUUAAUUCUUUAGACCAGAAAUGUAGAUACUGCUCUACUCAUUCAGAUAAACAAUAAUAGGAUUUGAUUCUUGAUUUCCGCAGGGUUGUUUUUAAAUGUUCGAGAAUAUAUCCCACGUUGUUAAGCAGUCAAAAUAAAAAAAAAAUCCUUAGCGUACGUAAUAAGCUUACAACAGUCGACCGAAAUCGACCCUCUGAGAACAACACAAAACAAACAAGGUUAGCUGUAAGAAUCGAACAGUAUUACCAAGAAUAUGAUCGUAGUCGUGCUUUUAUUUGUAGAUUGCUCCUAAAAUGGCAGAAAUUGUAAAUAGUGAUUAAUUUAACGCAAAUUGGACUCUUAGUAAUAUUAAAAGAA